AUACCCGAACCCAACAAUUGUUAUCGCUUCUCUGACAACACCUAGCCCCUUCCCUCGCCGUCCUGUCGGGCUCGCCGCGCCGCCUCUGCCCAUACAUCUACGCGCUAUCCGCGCGGGGGAAGAGGACCCUCCCGAACACGUCCCAAUGGCGUGGGGGGUGCCCCCGCGGCCGCCGUCGUCGCGGGUGCAGGCCCUCUACGAGCUCUGCAAGCGCACCUUCCCCUUCCCCACCGACGCCGCCGCCUCGUCCUCUCCCCCGCCCGCCCACGCCAUCCGCAGCAUCUCCUCUCUCAUGGAUACAAUCACUCCCGCGGAUGUUGGACUCAGAGAUGAUAAUCUUGAGGACGACAGGGGGCAUGGAUUCUUUGAGUCCAACUUCCUGAAUGGUUCAGCAAGGGUGGCUCGAUGGGCGCAGCCUAUCACGUAUCUACAUAUCUACGAGUGCGAUGCUUUUUCUAUUGGAAUAUUCUGCUUACCAACUUCAGCAGUCAUUCCUCUUCAUGAUCAUCCGGGAAUGACUGUAUUGAGCAAAAUCCUUUAUGGUUCCAUGCACGUGAAAUCAUAUGAUUGGGUAGAGCCUACUGUUCUAGCAAGUAGCCAGCCAGCAAGACUGGCCAAGUUACAUACGGAUGAUGUUCAGACUGCUCCAUGUCCAACCUCCAUUUUGUAUCCCCGAAGUGGUGGGAAUCUACACUGCUUCACUUCAGUAUCUUCUUGUGCUGUUCUUGACAUCCUUGCUCCACCAUAUUCCGAAGAUGCUGGUCGGAUUUGCACAUAUUUUCACGACUAUCCAUUUUCUAGCCUCUCAGCAGCUGGACACACAAAGGUAGUUGGUAGCCCGGAAAAUUAUGCAUGGAUUGAGGCCAUAAACACUCCAGUGAAUAUUUACAUGCGCCCUGGCAUGUAUACCGGUCCAACUGUACAGGAACAUCAGUCAUGAGCAAUCCAAAAUGAACUGGAGCAUCAAGCAUCGUCCCGGUGCCACCUCGCUGAUACAGUUAUAAUGUAGCACUGUAAACGUACUAUUUUGUGAUUACCUUUUACCAUUUGUUCUGCUCUGUUGGAUAAGCUGUUGGGUUUCAGUGAAGCGAUAAGUUGCCACAGUAAUUUCUCCUAGUCAGUUUAGCUGAGCAGAGCCAGUAGCUCAUGUAUGUUUUGCAACGCUGGUAUGAGCUUCAAAGCAUUUUGUUACUGGUGGUGCUA